GAGCAUCACGUGCACGUGCCGUCAGCACCAGCACUCAGAGGAUAGUGAGGACGCGCUGAGAAGGUUGUUGUCGUUGCUAUCAGGGCACCCCGCAAUGAGGGCGCUAUGUUUUCUUCCUUCCAAUGCGGGGGUGGGGCUCCAGGCGGGGAUGGGUUUCCAAGCAACGGCGUUCUCCUCCCCGAUCCGCGCGAACAAACCGCUUCAGCGGCCGCCGCCGCCGCCGCCGCCGCCGCCGCCGCCGCCGCCGCUUGGCGUGGGGGGCUGGUUGUCGUCACCACCGAGAGCAAUAUCAAGAACAAGCAGCUCCCGCCGACGCCCUCACCGGCCGUAUGCCUCGCUGUUUGACUCUGGCGACGAGAACAAUGCCCGGGACGACUCCCCUAACCCUGGCAACGCCGACUCUCAGGGAGAAGCCCCAGAAUCAGAGAGCGCCCCAUCCUCGCCGGACGGCGGGGCGAAGCCGGUGCCUCGAGCCGACGAGCAAUUGACGGGGAGUCUAGCCGACGCCGGUGCUACGGGGGAGGGCCCACCACAAGCGGAGGGCGAAGCAGCUGCGGCGGGAGAGGGCGCAGAGGAGGAGCAAGUAGACUGGGACAAGGCCUGGGCGAGCACCCGGCAAAGAAUGGAGCGGGAGAAGAGGGCGGCCCCGGCGUUUUCGGGCCGGAAGCAGGUCGUGGCUACCAAGAACGAGGACGGGGGUUACGAUUUCGAGGAGAUUUCGGCGGACGGGUCUAGCAGGAUGCGGGGUGACAAGGGGAGAGGGGGGUUUGGGUUCGCCGACAGUAACCAGGUGGAGGACGGGCCGGGGGGCAUCCGCCGGAAAGAGCAAGAAGCCGUCAACUUCGCCACUACGAACCAGGCGUUCGCGGGCUUGUUUGCCAUCCUCCUGGCGUCCCUGAUCUUCGAGGUGUACGUCUACAUGUCUGGAGGGAUCACCAAUGGGUCGACGCGGUUCCAGGACAUGGGCCAACCCACAACGUACGACGCGUUGCCAUUACCGGCGACCCCACCGACGGACUCGGAUUUGGUCGUGUGAAGUUGAUGGGGGCAAAACCUGGCGCGGGUGAUGACAUCAGCAAUCGCGCAAAGGCAAACAAGGAGCCGGCGGGUGCGGCAAACAUGUCUAGAACUGCCCCCAAGAAUCCCUGGAAUUUUCAGGAAGCGCUGCGAGAGGGGGGGGGCGGCACGGGUCAAACACGACCUUUGUGCGAUAUCAGGUUCCGUGUUGCAGUGGCAUUGGCUGCGGGAGGACCCACCCGGUGUUGUGGGUAAAAAAUGAUGCAGGGUCUGGGGUUCCGUUGCACCGACAGCGUUUUCUAUAUGUGGCGGGAGUUGAUGUACAUAUUUGGGGGGGACUCUGUAAACUUGCACGGUUGCGGACGAAGGAAUUUCUUGUAGAGUGGUGGUGGCAGAUGGUGCUGUCGGGCAUGCGCCCUCGGUUUGACGUUCCAGUUUUGACGAAGCCCGCCAUGGUCUAGAUAGCACUAUCUGCUGCGUGGCUUGUGGUAUAGGCGCGAAAAUGCCCCAGCUUGGGAUGCAUGUAUCAAUCCAUAAUUUUGUCGUUUGU